UUGAUCAAUCCUCGAUGUUGUUUUUAUUAUCAUUUUAUUAUCAUUUAUGUGCGUCUCAAGUGAUAACUCAAACUGGUAACCACGAUUUAAGAUUUUGAUUACCUUAAGUUCUUAAAUCGUGCUGGCCACUGGAAACUUUACUGCAUUCGCAUUUGGCGCCUUUUGCGGUACCUACUACUUAGAAGGUAGCACAGUUCCAAAUUCCAGUAAGAAUGUAGGAUGCAUGACACUAAAUUUAUUUAAUUAGAUUUUCUAUCCAACCUACUUAAUACUUAGUAUUGACAAGUCACACAAAACAUUGAACUAUUCGAGGAUUUAAAGAUAAUAUUCUUCCAUUACAUCUAUGGACCAGGUGUAAUAUUUCUUGAGUGGUCGGUACAUUAUAUUAUUAUUGUACAUAAUUACUAUUUGUAAUACCUAUGUUGGAUUCAGAUCAUUAAAGUACAAUUUACUGGUUUACCUUGUUCAUGCUUUGUUUAUGCAAAAAUUAUGGCAUCUGCUACUAUUAUAGUGCGCCAUUUUCCUCCACAAAUUUCGUCUGAAGAAAAAGAAGAAUUUCUCAAGUAUUUUGGCGCCAAGUAUGUUAAAAUAUUGACAUCUAAAACGGAUCGGAGAUGUAUAGCUUAUGCAAGGUUUGAAUCCCAAGAAUUUGCUGAAGCUGUUAUCCAACGGUUGCAUCAAAAAGAACUAUUGGGCUAUAGGUUGACUGUCGAAUUGUCUGCAAAUGAUCUUGACAUAAAUCUAAUGAAAUGCCCUAAACCACUACCAGUAACUGAAUGCAAUACUGACAAAAUAAAACAGUUACAGGAGGAUUAUCUAAAAAAAUUAAAUAGUUGGUCAGCUGCGAUUGACCUAAACCAACCACCACCACAUCAUCUGCACUAUAGUUAUCCCGAUCCAAAUCCACACAUACUGUCAAAUAUUGUCAAUGCAUUAGCUUGUAAUCAAAAGUUCUACUAUCAAGUCUUACAUUUGAUGAAUCGUAUGAACCUGCCAGCACCUUUUGAACCAGUCAUAGGUUACCCCCUGAAUAAGUUAAUGAAAAUCGAAACUGCAGAUAAAUAUACCACUACUGAUGAAACUGAUCCCGAGCUUUCAGAAUCUGAAAUGGAAAGUAAUGAUGAAAGUGAUCAUAAUGUAGAACCUAAAUUAUCCAUGGUGAAAAAGAAAAUAUUCAAAGUCAUAAAACCUAAGCGUUUAAAGAAUGUUGCAAUUACAGCAUCAAAAAAGGCCAAAGUUGAAUUGGCCAAUGUUUUUGACACUGUUGAAUGCGAGAUACCAAAGAAGAUUGAAGUCAAAGUAUCGGCAGAACUAAAACCAGCCGAGGGACCAACUGCCGAUACUGAAGGAGGAUUUGGUGUAAUAUACUCAGUAAAAAGUACAAACAAAGAAGAAGUUAAAAAAGAAAGCGAGUCAGAUGAUGAUACAACAGGAGAUUGUAUCAGUAAAGAAGAAUUAGCUACUAAUAGAUUAUCAGAUAAAGAUAUGAAUAAUAUGCCAAUUUUUAAGAAUUAUUGUCCUGGAGCUCCAUCUUGUAGAUUAUACAUAAAAAAUUUAGCAAAAACAGUGCUGGAUAAUGAUUUAAAAUAUAUUUAUAAGAGAUUUUUCAAAUCUGGUGAUCUUAAACCGGGAACUAUGUUUGAUGUACGAUUAAUGCAAGACGGACGUAUGAAAGGUCAAGCAUUUGUGACAUUACCAUGUGUAGAAAACGCCCACCAGGCGCUGAAAGAAACUAACGGAUAUAUUUUAAAAGACAAACCUAUGAUUGUACAAUUUGCUAGAUCAGCUACAGCAAAAUAA